AGAGAAUGUCUCAGAGCCUUAAAACUCUGGGUCUCCUGCAAAUGAUUCUUCAGUUCCUCCAUUUCAACACACCCAUAGAUUGUUGUCACUUCCUCUAUUUUCUUUCUUUCACAACUGUAAGUUUAGAGAAUCAUCAGGCAGAACAAGAAAACGUUUGUCUGAAUUAAGCUGCUUUUGGGGAGGGGUGCAUAAUUCCUGUGGCAUUUCAGCACCAAUCUGUUCCUCUGAGCAACAGGACAGGACAACUCAGAAGACCUAGGAAGCCAGAAGUUCUGCUACCUACAAAAAUCUCAGCAUGAGGCUCGUUUUCAAUCUGAUCCUGGGAUGGUGGCUGACUCAGUAUAGAUGGACGGCUGAAGGGCAAUCUUAUCCCGCACCUUCCAUCUCAGUGAAUCCCAGUAACGUGAUUGCUCUGGGAGAGAAUCUAAGUAUCAGUUGUAAGAAGGAUUGGAACGCAAAAGAGAAAUCCACUUUCUAUCUAAGGAAAGAUAAUAAUAGAUUCAUAGCUGAAGCUGAUACCCAGGACAAUGAGGUUGAAUUUCAUAUUUCCAAUGCUGAAGAAUCACAUCAGGGAAGAUACGAAUGUAUAUAUCGUAUAUCUCCAACUUGGUCAUACUACAGCAAUCCAGUUUAUAUCUUUGUGCGAAGACAAUCUUAUUCCAGCCCCUUCAUUUCAGUGAUUCCCAAAGGCCUGGUUGUCCUAGGAAGAAAAGUCGUCAUCCAGUGUAAACAGGAAUUGUACCAAACUGUAACAUUUAACCUCUAUAAAAAGGGGGAUAUACAUGCACCAACAGCCCAAUUUUCAAAUAACAAAAUGGCUGAAUUCAUUAUUCACAGUGCCCAAGAACCUUAUGGAGGGAUCUACUUUUGUGACUAUCAAAUCUACAAUCAGCAGUACAGAUACGAUAUAUACUCAAAGAUCAGCAGUGAAAUAUAUAUCAACAUAACUGACCCCGGGGUUACAGGGCCUGCCAUCUAUAUGGAACCAAAGGGACAGCAAAUGCUUGAAACAAACGCCCGGAUCUACUGCCAGGGGCCAAAAGGGGGCCUGAAGUAUUCCUUCUAUAAGUCAACAGACUUCAUAGCUUCCCAAACGGCAAAACCAAACAGUUUCUUGGCUGAGUUUUCCAUUUUGGGAGUCAGGAUGGAACACAUAGGAAACUACAGUUGUUGCUAUCAGCUUGAAAAUAAACCCUUUAUGUAUUCAAAGUUAAGUGACCCUCUGCAGCUUCAAGUAAGAGAUCCCGGCCUGACCAAGCCUUCCAUCCAGAUUAUAAAUGAAGAGCAAGAUGCUCCAGAAGCAAAUGUCUCCAUACAGUGCAAUGCAACAGAACCAGAUCUGAUUUUUGCUCUUCUGAAAUCAGGGGAACAGAUAGAUUGCAAAGCUGCACAGCUAGGGGAAAAGGCGGUGAUUUUUUCUCCCCGCUGGGUGAAGUUGGAAGAGACACAAAAUUAUACCUGCCAAUACCACAACAAAAGCAAGCCCUUUGUCUGGUCAAUGCCAAGUGACCCACUGAAGAGUGUUUUUAAAGGUAAAUCCUUAAUAACUCUAUGGACAAGUAUUGGUGCGUGCCUUUUCUUUCUGGCUGUCCUCUUCCUGGUGCUUAUCUUCGUUUUAUACAGAAAAAGAAGAAAAGGUUCUGUUACCAAAGAAAGCAAUGUACCAGCCAAGAUGUACUUAAGCUCUCCCAUGGAGGAAACCCCUGAUGAAGUUUCUUAUGCUGCAAUAAACCACAAUUCACUGAAAAUCAGACCACCAAGCCUUUAUGAUACAGUCCAUGAAUCAUGUAUCUAUGCAACAGUGUCCGAAGAAAGCACUAAGGAGAACCAAUAGGGAAGGCUAUUCAGAAGAGAAGAUCAUUCCGAGAUGUUGGUGUAUCCAUCUAUACUACAGAUACCCAUGUUAGGAUCAUCUUGCUAUAGACAUCCUCCUUCCUCUUUCAUAACCCAGAGAUAUGCUGGGUUCAGGUGAGCACAUAUCCUGCCCAUAAGUGUCUUCACAAGUAGAUUAUUAUAAUACCCAAAACUGCAAAUUGAAUCCUGGCAUUCUGUAGCUCAAGUCCAAUUUUUUCCCAAGACUGAGAUGGGCCAGUAGGGGAAAGAGUCAGACAGGUAGCUGUUGAGAGACUUGCUAGGGUGUUAUGAGUAUCAGAACUCUAUAACCAUAAUCACGACUGGAAGAGAAUAUUUAAGGAAAAACUCCUUCAAUAUUCUGAUUAAUAAUAUAUUUUUAAAAGGGGCCCAUGCAGGAAUAUUUUUGCUUUUAAAUCUGAACUCCAUCUAGAGACAAAUCUAUCAAAACUAUUGAUUUUUCUAUGAAGCCAUGAAGAAGUUUAUGUCUUGUGAAAGCAAGUUAACCUGCACCCAGAAAUUGUUUAUACCCCAUCAACCAGGAUCAUUAUCAGGGUGAAAAUCCACUUUUGCAACUGAUCCUCAGUUCUCAGAUACAAUGAUGGAUCUUUUGAUUCUAGAACAGGGAUAUGGGCAAGGCUGAGUUGAAUAUUCUUACUAUAAUUUAAAAGGUGAGGAGAUUUGUAAUAAUUUCCAUAAACCUUUUAAUAUUUAGAAAAACAGAUUCUGAAAAUAAGAGCUUUCCAACAAUACCAAAACCUACCCUUUGCAGUGGCUAAAUGAUAUUUUGAUUAUUAUAUUGUUCUGACUCUUGUUAAGGCAGUUGUGUCCUCACCUGUGCAGGUUAACAAAAAGACAGAUAAAUAGUUUGAGACUGCUAAUAGGUUAUUAAAUAGCCAGUGGCACUGUAAUUCUCUUCCCUCCUAAAGUGAAGCCACCUUUUUCAUCUCAGGUGUUAUAUCUGGUAAUCCGAUCGCAUCUGGUACAAUAAUGGGAACAUUUCCUUGAAAUUAAAAUGAAUGGAAGUUGACUCACCAUGGCAUUGUAGCAAGCUCAUGGCAACUGUUGAGGAAUGUUUUAACAACAUUGAAGAGAGGAGGACAAUGACUUGAUGACAAGACAAAUUCAGGAUCAUAGGGACAGAAAAUAUAAUUUUUAAAGUGUAAUUGGGGGGUGGGACAGAAGUAAUGUGUGGUUCCUUCUGUUCACUUUGUUGAAAUUCUGUAUGUGUUCCUAAGAAUGGGAAUCGAAUCUGAGCAAGGAUUAGUGAAGCAGGUUUUGUGACCAACAAGCAUAUACAAGUAGGAUAGGCAAGCCCUUUAUCUAACUACAUCCUACCAGAUGAAAGUUAGACCAUGAGUUCUGUGAACUUCCUUGUGGUAAAAACAGUCAAUGCCAUCAGAUUUACACCACCAAGACAUGGUUGAUACAUACUCCUCUGAAGAACUUCCACUAGAAGUUUGUCUUUGAAGUUGCAAAAAAAGUAUUUCAUGAAGGAGCAGUUGGAGAACAAGUAAAUUAACUUACU